GCCACUUCCGGCCGCCGCACAAGAUGGCGGCGCUCGCAUUGCUGCGGUGUUUGGGGUCGGGCCGCGUUCCGCGGGCCUCGGGCCCGGUGCGGCCGUACCGAGCGGCCCCUCUGCGGCGCCGCGUGAGGCCUCCGCCCCUCACGGACCCGGAGGAUCAACGAGCGGCGGCGAAGCGGUUCGGAUGGCUCGGGGCGGCCUCGGGAGUGGCGGUGGAGCGGCUGUGGCCCAGUCCCGAGCGGCUGCGGGAGAUGGAGGAGGAAGAACGGGAGUGGUGUCCGUCGCUGCGAGAGAUGGAGGCGGCCCUGGAGCGGAAGGAGCAGGAAGAGCGGCGGCUGCGGGAGGAGAGGGAGCAGCUGGUGGCACGCAGCCUGGCAGCCAUGCCUGCACGCAUCGCAGCCUGGAGGCAGGAGAGGGAGCAGAUGAGGGAGCGGAGCCGGCAGGACGCAGCGCGGCGGCAGAGGCUGCUGGCAGAGGCAGCUGAACGCCUCGGGGCUCCGGCCCGGCCCGGCGAUCCCCGGGUUCAGGCAGUGAUGCAGGACCUGGAACGGGAGCGGCGGCGCCAGGAGAAGCGGCAGCGGAGGCAGCAGCACGAGGAAGCGACCCGCAGUGCUUUGGCUGCUGCUGAGGCUGCUGCUGCAUCACAGCCCCCCCCGCUGUCCCCCCCCAGGACCUCCGAGCCUCCCCCCGUUCCCACCCAGGACCUCUGAGCCCCCCCCCCCCCACCCCGAGUAAAGCCCCCAUCCCCACAACAAAGGCGGGAUAUGGUUUGCUACCCUAAAACCCUGCAAAGGGACUACUGAGGCUGCGCAUAUUCAGCAUGAACUGCCCCACCGUGACCCCUCAGCCCCUUCCCGCCCCCCCCCCCCCCAACCCUUCCCCAGCAAACACACACUAAAAGCACCAUGGGUUUAAAAUUCUGCAUUUAAUCUCUUCCCAAGCUGGGUUUGUCCCACGGUUCUGCGCUCCCCCACAGGGAGGAACGGGGAGGAAGAAAGGGAUCAGGGAACAGGGAUGGGGCCACCCAGAGCACACCCGGCCUCCAAGGCAGCGGGCAGGCUCUGGGGGUGCACACCCAUCACUGCCCCACGCCGUAGGGGUGAGGAUGGGCCCCAUUGGGCCCCACCCCACCCCGAUGUCCCCUGAGGGCAGAGAUGUAGGGGGGGAGGAAGGGGAGUUCUGCGUCCCCCCACAGGGUGGGAGGAAUCCACCCCGGGCCCCUCAGUCAUCAUCAAAGUUCUGGCUGAGCAGGAAAUUGGCUGCCAGGUUCUCAUUCUUCUCGCAGGCAAAAUAGGCCUGGAUGACCAAACUCUCGGGGAAGCCCAAUGCCUUCAACUGUGGGCAGAGAGGAGAUCAAAACCACAACGUUCUGACCAGGUACUGAUCGCUGGUUGGAUAACAGUUAAUCCAUGCUAAAUGCAAGGGGAAUUCCUAUCGAAAAACGAGGGUGGGUUUGGGUUCCAGGGGCCCUUACAGCCCCUUCCCACUUCAGAUGGUGCUGAGCUCGGGGCAUCAGGGCUCCACAGCUGAACGGCUCCACGCAUAACACGCAUAGCUUGGAACCCUGAAGCCUGCCUCAAACUUAAUGACAGCUGGAACGUAGCAAUACGAAUGAUGACUCUUCGUGAUAAAAGAGACUAUUCUCA